AAAUGUAUCAUAUGCCUUUCUAUUCUAAUUAGCUUCUAAGUGGGUUUCUUUAAUUAUAUGAUAAUCACUUUUUUUUUUAUCAUAUUCCUUUCUAUUCUAAUUAGUUUUUGUGUUGUACUUAUGUUAAAAUUUAGGUUGGAUUUAUGUAACAAUUAAGUUGGAUUUAUAUUGGGUUAUAAUAUUUUGAACUAAUAUAUUAGCCGUUUAGGUGAAAAACCAGGUUUUACUCUUGGAUUGGAUUGGAUGGAUCCAAUCAAUCCAAUUAAUAUUGGAUAGAUCCAAUCCGGUCUAAAAAAAUAUUAGAUCAAAAGUAUUGGAUAAAUCCGAUCCAAUGCAGCGAUUCAUCCAUUGGAUGGAACCGAUCUAAUCCAAUGAUUUAUUGAAUUGGUUUGGUUGAGCCUACAGUAGUGGAUUGGAUCGGUUGGAGAAAUCCAACAUCCAAUGUAAAAUUGGAUUGGAUCUGAUGUGUCUAAAAAUAUUGGAUGUGAUCAAAUGAACAACCCUACUAGAAUAGAACCCUAGAAAUCUUCUAUUAUCAACCUCUUUAACUAACCUAAUCGGAGUGGAGGAAUUCCGUUUCCCACUGCGCUUCACUCCUUGGCCGGAUAAGUAAUUACUUCACUUAUAGGUACUUGCUAAUGAGGGUUGAAAAAACCUGAUGAUGAAAGAAACUUUCUCUGGUUGUUUGACUUUUUGAUUCUCUCUGUUUUUUCCUAGAGUUCUACAUUGGCAUUAUAUGUCUUUUUACAGGGAUAUGAUUCAGCUAUUAUCCAAUUCUCUUUUCUUUUUAAUAGUUAGGUUUGUCGUAAUUAGUUUGUAAUGUUUAGUUCUAAGAUUUAGAAUUGUGUUUAAUUAGUUUAUAUGUGUUAAUAAACUCUUUAUGUGGUAACUUUGGAGGAUUGGGUUGGUCCUUCUAAUGCGAUUGAAGGUUAUGUACCGCAGAGAGAAUGGAAUUUCAAGUCGGUGGGUUCGAAAAUGCAAGUUUAAACUCUUUAUGUGGUAACUUUGAGCUUUUUCUGAUUUUGAUAAUAGCUUUGCUUCGCUAUUUGCUUGCAAUGGGUGGCAAUUCAAUCCAAACCCGACCUGUUUAUAAAUGAAUUCACCUGACAUAAUAACGUUUACUUGUUUAAUAGGCAUUUAACAUGUUAACAUGUUUAUUGACUUAUGUAACCAACUUAAUGUCAUUUACAUAAUAAAUAUGAGUUCAUUGUUGUGCCAUUUUUGAGUUAGCAGAUUAUUGGUGUCAACCUGAAAAUGAUCCAAAACUAUUAAAAAAAAAAACUCAAAUACAUUUACUUCGUGUGAGUUUGAGUCUUGUUAUGUGUCUGAUUUAUUUUGCUACUAUAUAUUGCUGGCAAAAGUGAACGUGGAUUAUAUAUUGCAGGGUCUAAAGCUAAAAAUCCGGUUCUUAUCAAUGACAUGGAGUUCUCGAGUACCCUUUUCACAGAAGUUGAAUAUACCGUGUCCAAAACGCCAUUGAGCUCAAAAAAUACCGGUUUUGAUAUUCAACUAAAAGAGCCGGAAGAAAAGUUGGGGAAGAAGAAGAUGGAAAAUCAGUUUACUUUAUUGGACACAUCGUUUAAUCCCAUGAGCAGUGAUUUAGAAACGAAAACCAAACAAAUGGAAGUGGGGAGUUGUAAAGCUGUUUCAAGAGAUGAGCUUGGUAUUCAGGAGAUGCCUUCAACUUCAGCGUCUUCCCAACUUGGCUCGCAUUCAAGCUCUGAAAAAGUAGGAGAGGUAUCUCAUAGGACAAAGAAAUUGACUGAAGCUACUCUUAAAUCGUCUCUGAAAGCUUCUCGGAAAAACAAACUUAGUCGCUCUGUUACAUGGGCUGAUGAGAAAUCUGAUAGCUGCAGGAAAAGUAAUCUUUGUGAGGUUAGAGAAAUUGAAGAUAAAAAAGAAGCUAAUUCUAUAUUAGGCAAGAAAGGCAAAGUUCCUCUUAAACCUUCGGGGUCACUGAAAGCUGGUACCUCCAUGUCUUGGGCUGAUGAAAAGUGUGAUACCAAAGUGUGUAAAGAUACUAUUGAGGUUAGAGAAAUAAAAGAUUUGAAUCAAACUUCAGAUAUGCUUAGUAUGGACAUUGGAGAUGGCGACUUGUUGCGCCUUGCAUCAGCAGAGGCUUGUGUAAAUGCAUUGAAUGAGGCAUCAGAAGUUGUUUCCGCUGGAGAAUUUGAAGUCAGUGAUGCAAUGUCUGAAGCUGGAAUUAUUCUAUUACCACAUCCAGAGGAUGCAAAUGGAGGAGAGUCUUUGGUGGACAAAGAUACAUCUGAACCAGAACAAGCUCCUUCGAAAUGGCCAAAAAAACCCGUAAAUCAGCAUUCUGAUGUGUUUAAUCGCGAGGAUUCUUGGUUUGAUACUCCACCUGAGGGGUUUAGUUUAUCAGUAACUUCUUAAAACUCUUAUUAUUUGGUGCAUGAAUUUAUCCUUCAUACCAUAACAUAUAACAUCACACUAAUUUGAUGGGAGCUAUCUAUCUUUCCAUAACAUGUACCAAUCGUACAGUACUGA